UUGGCUUAAGUAACGCUCCUGGGUUAGUCUGGAUCAAGUUCCUUCAGCUCCACGGGUCUGAGACACGGCCAGGAGGGAAAACUGCCCUGGGAAAGAGGAGGAAAACCUGCCUGUGGUGGGAAAAACAUCGAGGACGCUUUGGGGGCUGUGACAGCAUCUCCGAACCUGCCUUUAGGAGGGGAGAGCAGCGGAGCCGCCGCCGCAUCCCUGCGAUCUCACCAUGCCCGUCUCCCGCCACACCGGCCAAAUCCCGGAGUCCACCUGGACCUUGACCUUCAGGGAGAUGACGGAGCCCUGGAAAGGCGCCGUGGGCUGCCUCGGCGUGGCCGUGUUCUUCGCCAUGACCAUCGGCAUCAUCUCGUGGCAGGCCGUGGAGCAGCCGCCGGAGGAGUGGGUGCUGCGGGGCCGGGACGCGGGGAUGCUGUGGGAGCGCGGCCGCGGGGCGCUGCUGCUGCGGGCGCUGCCGGCCGGCCGGCCCGUGCUGGCCAUCGCCGUGGGCAGCGUGCCGGCCACCGAGCCCCCGCCGCCCCGGGACCGCUGCUGGCACGACGGCCGCCAGUUCUGCUACUCCUGGGAGGAGGACGCCGAGCUCCGGCUGGCCCUGGAGCCGCCGGCAGCCCCCGGAACAGAGUGCUACAGCGUCCGCUGGACCCCGCUGCGCACCGACGUGACCCUGAAGGACUGUUUUUCCAUGGCCAAUGUCUCCUGGUAUGGAGGGCCGAGCAUCCGUGCCCAGCGCUGGCCCCUCAAUGGAGCCGAGAGCCCCGCGCAGCCCUUGGUGAGCGGCGACCUCAGCGCAAACCCCAACGGCUUCGGGCCCCUCCUGGAGAGGUACUUCCUGGGAUCCACAGGAGUGACGGUGACAGUGGCUCCCGACGUGUCCCUCUUCCUGUCUCUGGAGAGCCACCAGCAGUUCUGCCUGGAGACGCCGGCGGGGCGAGCGGAGCCCCUGCACUACCAGCUCUGCGUCAGCGCCGACGUGGCGGCCGCCCGCCGGCACACAGCCAGCGCUCCGGCUCGGACACUGCCGGACACCGCGCUCCUGGGGUCUCCCAUCUGGCGCUACCACGGCCCGGAGGGUUCUGCCGCCAAAAUCAAGCGAGGCCUGAGGUCGUUGGUGAGGAGGCUGAAGCGGCAUCGCCUUCAGGAGGGCGUCGUGGCCCUGGGGGAGCGCGGCACCGCCGUCCUCGCCGCCGCGGACCUGGUGCCCUCGGGGCGCAGGAAGAGGCAGGCCCCGGCGCUGGUGGAACCUCUGGAGCUCUCCAUCACGCUGUCCCCGUACGCUGGUGUCGCCUCCCCGCUCUUCCAGCGCUCCCUGCGUGGCGGUGAGGCUGCGGGAUACUGGCUCAGCCGCCAGCCCCGACCCGGGGCCAGCUCGAUCCCACUGCUGACCACCUGGAAGGGGCAGCUCUGCGCCCGCCUGAACGUCACCAGCGAGGCAGCGCUGGGCUGGUACCUGGCUCGUGCCCGGCGCCUGCGGCAGGCGCUGGGGGCCACCUACAUGGCCUUCGAGGGAGUGGAGGGCAAUUCCUUCCUGGAGCAGGAUGUCCCUGCUCCUGCCGAGCUGGAGGGUGACAGAUACACCGAGGUGCUGGCGGCAGCGCUGGCGACGCUGGGCAAUGGCACCAUCGUCAGCGCCGGGAGCAGAUCCAGUCACCUCCCACUGUUUGUCCAGAUGAGCCCCCUGCGCUCUGACUGGAGCCACGCCGGGCUGAAGGGGCUCAUCCCCUCUGUGCUGCACUACAGCCUGCUGGGCUACAACUUCUUCAUCCCUGAUGCAGUAGGAGGGAGCGAGGCUGGAGCCACCCCGGAGGACCCGGAGCUGUUUGUGAGGUGGCUGCAGAUUGUGACAUUCCUGCCCGUGAUGGCCUUUGGGACCCCGCCCUGGCUCUGCUGUGACACCUGGGUCCUGAAUCUCACCCGCCAGUGCAUCCAGAGGCACCGGGACUUUGUUGUGCCCCUGCUCCUAAAAUACAGUGAGGAGUGGCAGAGUUUGGGGUACCCCAUCUUCCGUCCUGCCUGGUGGCUCAGCCCCACGGAUCCCGUUGCAUUCACCAUAGAGGAUGAGUUCCUCAUUGGAGAUGAGGUCCUGGUGGCUCCAAUAACAGAAAAGGGACAAACGUGGAGGGACAUCUACCUGCCAGGAGAGGGGCACCUGUGGCUGGACACCAACACUGCCCGAGUGUUUGAUGGUGGCACCACGCUCAGGAAUUACUCUGCCAGCCUGGCCGAGGUGCCAGUGUUUGUAAAGACCUCCUGAAUCCAAGCUCUGGGACAGAGACCUCCAGGGGCAGCACUCCCCUCAGACCUCCAGCCUCUUUGCACUUUUCCCAGAUCCUUUUUUUUUUGGUUUUGUUUUGUUUUUUUACUUCAGUAGAACUUGUCUGAAUUUUCUAACUCGUUGUUACCCUGAAGUAGUGGCUCUGCCACCAACAUCCAUUCACACAGAAUGCUGCAUUUUUUCCAGGGUUUUCCUGGUGAAAUAUUUGUGUGUGUAUGUUCAGGUGGGCAUAUCCAGCAUUUCCAGGUCCCUGGCACCAUGCUCAGAGAGGCAGGGAGAGGAUUUUCCAGGAGAUAAACAAACAUCAGCUUAUACCUGAGAAGAAGUUUUGUAUUUAAUGAAAAAAAUUAAAUCUAGGGGAAAACCACCAGGGUGGUUUUGGUGCUGUGUGUGGCCACCUCCUGUGCUGAGCAGUGCUUCUCCCAGCUGAGGCUGUGUGUGGUUUCCAGGUAGCAAGAGCCCAUUUUCUGAGUAUAUUUGGGGAAAGGAGUGAAUUCCAGGUGUAUUUGAAGCAGGCUUCUGUGGAAGAAAAAUAAACCUGAUCGAGCAGAGGAGUGGCUCUACCAGACAUGAUGUGGAUAUCGAGGAUCCUUGCCCACCUCCUGCGUGCCCAGGCUCAUGCUUUUCACCGUUUGCUGAAUUUUAUGGCUUUUUUUCCAAUUAUUUCUUGCAGUGCAAGAGGGAUCCAGUGUGACCAGGCUCCUUCCAUCCAGCAGAGAAUGUAUCCAUAGGCAAAAUCCUCAUCCCACAUGUUGAAUAUGCAUCUAGGGGGAUGAUCAGCUAUGCUGGCACCCCAAAUUGGAGGUGACACUGCAGGUUAGUGGGGUGAUUCCAAAGGCUGGCAUUUGGGGACAGGGGCUGGAUGACAGCUGGGAGGGAAGUUAAGGGCAAGUUUUGGCCCUGGAGCUGGGCUUGGGCACCUCCAGCACUGAUUUGUAUCAGCCACACCGUGGGUUUUUGGGGAAAAUAAAGUGCUAAGGGGUAUCAACUUCUCCCAGCAAAGCUUCUCUGGAAAAAAAAUGAAGAAAAAGCAAAGGCAAAAUCCAAGUCAGGUUCAACCAUGGAAAAGCUGUGAGGGUAUGGAGGGGGAAGAGCCCCUUAGCUCAUUCCUUGAUCCACAGAGGCACUUAAUGAUGCUGGGGAGUGCUCACAGAGGGAAAGGAUGAAACUCAUGAGGGCAACCCAAGGGCGUGGGAUGCUCCAAAAUAUCUGUGGAGGCUUCUAACGUGACAAAAACAGAAAAAGAAGAAAGGGAGUGCUGGCUCAAGUGGCAUUUGUUUAUUUGCAGCAAGUCAAGCCCUGGAUGUCCAGGAUGGGGAUCUGGUGGCUCCAUCCUGGGAGGUCACCAAAGCCUGCCUGGACACCCUGGGCCAAGCCUGAGUGUGGGAAUUCCCAUUUUGGGAGGGUGGGCUAUGUGUCCCUGCGCUCGGCAUGGCGCCGGCUCCUCCCUGAGGAGCCCAGGUUGUCCCACUGGGACCUUGGAGCAUGUCCCUGGUCAUCAUUCCAGCUCCUCCGCUGCCUCUGACCUGUGGAGUGGUUGCGGGGCACCCUUCCCUGGGAGGCUCUCCAGGAGUUCUGGCUUCUCCUGUAGGAUCUGCCCCGGGUUUGGCUCCUUGUCCCGUGCUGUUGCCUGGAGGAACCCCAGUCUUCCCUCUGAUGUCUGUCGCUCCUCCUCAAGGGGUUGUCAUGGUUGGGCCUUGGACUGUGUCUGCCAUCAGCAUCCCAGCUCCUCCAGCGCCUCUGGUUUCUGGAGUGCUCAUAGGGCACCGUUCUCCGGGAGCCUGCCGGGGAGUUCUGGUCUCUCCUGUGGGAUCUGCUGUGGGAUCUGCCCCGGCUUUGCCUCCCUCUUGUGUGCUGUUGUUCGGAGGAAUCAGAGUCUUCUGACUGGUGUGUCUCACUCCUGUCUGAGGGGACAUCAUGCUGGGGCCCUGGGGGGUGUCUGUCAUCACCAUCCCAGCUCCUCCAGCGCCUGUGCCUCGCGGAGUGCUCGGGGGAGCCUGUCUGCGUGUCCUGCUCUCUCCUGGAGGACGUGUCCCAGCCACGGGAACGCUCCCUGCCCCUGCUCCACCUGCGCCGGCCCCAGGACCGUUCCUGCUGGCUCCAUGACCUGUGGGACCUGCGCCAGGAUCGCCGUCCCUGCGAGGAGACCGGGAUGGUCCAUUCCACCCUCGGAGUCUGUCCCUCUUCAGGUGUGUCCUCCCAAGCCCUCCUCUGGUGCUGCCACCACCUCCUCCUCGGGGAGUCGCUGCCUCGGCGGCGCCGGGACUGCC